AUGCCCCGCUCGCCAAGCCUACUGGCUAUGCUGCACGGCGCCAGUGGGAUCGCUGCGUCCGAGUUCGAUGCUGAGUUCGACAAGGGGCGCCUGUAUCUGUCCGGGGUGUCCGACGCCGGCGUGCCCGUCAUGGUGACGCGCAAGCAGGCCGACGGGCUCGGCGAGGGCGGCGAGGAGCGCUACCUGCGGCACCUCGUCUUCACGCUCGAGAGCGCGGCCGCGUGCACAACCAACGGCGCCGAGCAGUGGGUGUGGAUCAUCGACCUGCGCGGGUACUCCCGCGCGAACUCCCCUCCGAUCUCGACGUCGAUCGCCACGCUCAAGGUCUUCGCGGACCACUACCCCGAGCGGCUGCGGCGGGCGUACAUCGUCGACGCGCCCGGGAUCUUCAGCCUGCUGUGGCGCGCGGUCUCGCCCUUCGUGCACGCGGCCACGCGCGCCAAGAUCGCGUUCGUGACGAGCGCGGAGUACCGCGCCGCCGUCGACGCCGCGGACGGCCAGAAGCUGCUCGACCUUGACAAGAAGUGCCUGGGGUUCUCAGAGUUCUACCGGCACUGGCUGCAGCCGUACGACGCCGCCGCGUACCGGCGGCUCCUGCGCGACGUGUGCCGGCGCCCCGCGGAGCCGUCGCUCAAGGCCCGCGCCGGGCAGAGCGUGGCUGUCGACGCCGAAGCGCACGCGGCGUGA